AAGAAGCUCUGAAGACUUUCUCUCUAAAAGAUAGAGAUGAGAGAAGAGAGAGAAGUCUUCAGCUUCUGCAGUUUUAUGUAGAUUACAAAAUGUUUUUAAUAUAACAUCAAUCAAAAAGCUAAAAAUAAAAAAAGAGGAAUCCCCUUAUUAUAUGUAAAAUGAUCAGGUACGGGAAGGAACACCGAGAUCGUCUGGAGAGUAAGGAUGAAUAAAAGCACUGUUCAUUUGCCAAACCCUAAACGACGCCGUUACGGUCGCAUGAAUGGCGUUAUUGAACAAGAAGAGUUUUGUAGCUCCAUAACGCAAACCGAUAAUCCCAAUAACAUAAUUACUUCAGCAUUCACUCUCUCUAUCGCUGCCUUACUCUCACAGUCUCAGACUCUCAGUGGUUGGUCUAGGGUUUUGUUGAAUGUUACAGAGCUUCCGAAUCAGAGAGAUUGAGAAGAAACCAAAUCGAGAAAAUGAGGAUAUCGUUUGCGAUUGCAUCUUCAGGGAAGAGAUUUGUUCAUCGGAGUCUUGUGGUGAGAGGUAAUGCUGCAGCUGUUUCUCCUUCAUUUUCCCUUUGUUGGAGACGAGAUUUUGCUGGUAAGAGUAGUUAUGAUUAUAGAGAAAUACUUAGAAAUGGGCUGAGUGAUAUUAGGUUAGACGAUGCUGUUGAUUUGUUCAGUGAAAUGGUGAAAUCUCGUCCCUUUCCUUCGAUUAUUGAGUUCAGUAAACUGUUGAGUUCCAUUGCUAAGAUGAAGAAGUUCGAUCUUGUCAUCUCUCUCGGCGAGCAGAUGCAAAAUUUGGGGAUUUCACAUAAUCUCUAUACUUACAGUAUUUUCAUUAACUGUUUUUGCCGACGCUCUCAACUCUCUCUUGCUUUAGCUGUUCUUGGCAAGAUGAUUAAACUCGGUUAUGAGCCCAGCAUUGUUACGCUUAACUCGAUACUCCAUGGAUUCUGUCAUAGUAAUAGGAUUUCUGAUGCCGUAGCUUUGGUUGAUCAAAUGGUGGAAAUGGGAUAUCAACUUGAUACAGUUACCUUUAACACUUUAAUCCAUGGACUUUUUCUUCACAACAAAGCUUCAGAAGCAGUGGCUUUAGUUGACCGAAUGGUUGCGAAAGGGUGCCAACCAGAUUUGGUUACAUACGGUGCAGUUGUUAAUGGAAUCUGUAAAAGAGGUGAUACUGAUUUGGCUUUAAGUAAAAAGAUGGAGAAAGAAAAAAUAGAGCCAGAUGUUGUAAUCUACAGCACAGUCAUCGAUGCUCUUUGCAAAUACAAACAUGUGAAUGAUGCACUUGACCUAUUCAAUGAAAUGGAGAACAAAGGAAUCAAACUAGAUGUUACUUACAACUCCCUCAUAAGCUGCCUUUGUAAUUACGGAAGAUGGAGCGAUGCCUCCCGAUUACUUAGUGAUAUGAUUAAGAGGAAGAUCAAUCCAAAUGUAGUCACUUUCAAUGCAUUGAUUGAUGCAUUUGCGAAGGAGGGAAAACUUAUAGAGGCUGAGAAAUUGUACGAGGAGAUGAGAAAAAGGUCUAUAGAUCCUGAUAUCUUCACUUACAGUUCUUUCAUCAACGGGUUUUGUAUGCACGAUCGUCUAGACGAGGCCGAGCAGAUGUUUGAGUUUAUGGUUAGCAAGGGCUGUUUCCCAGAUGUAGUGACUUAUAAUACGCUUAUAAAGGGAUUUUGUAAGGCUAAGAGAGUAGAGGAAGGUAUGGAACUCUUCCGCGAGAUGUCACAGAGAGGAUUGGUUGGCGAUACAGUCACUUACAACACUCUUAUCCAGGGGUUAUUUCAAGCUCGAGAUUGUGAUAUGGCCCAAAAACUAUUCAAAGAGAUGGAAUCUUUUGGUGUCUACCCCGAUCUUUGGACCUACAACAUUUUGUUAGAUGGACUUAGUAAUAACGGGAAGCUAGAAAAAGCAUUGGUGGUAUUCGAGCGUAUGCAGAAGGCUGAAAUUGAACUUGAUAUAUUCACAUACAAUAUUAUGAUUGAAGGGAUGUGCAAGGUUGGGAUGGUGGAAGAUGGGUGGGAUCUAUUUUGUUGUCUCAGCCGUAAAGGAGUGAAGGCUAAUGUUAUAACCUAUACUACAAUGAUCUCAGGAUUCUGUAGGAAAGGUUUAAAGCAGGAAGCACAUGCCUUGCUAAAAAAAAUGAAAGAAGAUGGACCUCUUCCAGAUAGUGGUACUUAUAAUACGCUUGUUAGGGCGCAUCUUAGAGAUGGUGACAAAGCAGCAUCAUCUGAACUCAUCAGAGAAAUGAGGAGUUGCGAGUUUGCUGGAGAUGCUUCAACCAUUGCCUUGGUCACUAAUAUGUUGCAUGAUGGGAGAUUGGAUAAAAGCUUUUUGGAAAUGAUUUCGUAAGACAUCCUUGAGGUUAAUAAGCCUUUUAUGUUGCUUUUCUGGUAAUCACUUUCAGUCCUUAUAUGUUCAUGAAUAUGUUUGAUUAGUAAACUGAUGGUUUCUACUACACAAGAAAAUAUUAUCUGAAAAGAAGGAAAUUCACUUUGAAUAUGACAAGGUCCGAUCAAGUAAAGCAGAAUCGUAUUGAUCUAUAAAAUAGCAUCUUUUGUUUUCGGUUGUUGGUUUUUCUUCUUGUGUUACAGUGAUGUUCCCAAGGCGCAAAUCAUUCUCACAGUUGAGAACAACUCAUUUGUUAUUUUAUUGUUGAUUGUGGAUUCCAUUAAACACGAAAAUGCAUAGGCAAGUGGAGUUCUUGGCCUUUUUACAACUAGCUCUGUGACAUUAAAUAAUUGCUAAGAGGAAGUGACGUCUGGACCAGCAUUAGAACUCGCAGGGCUUUGCGCAUGAAGGCAAGCUCAGAGUAGAGACAGAAUUUGACCUCUACGUGUGGAGAUUCUCCGGUAACCCGAAACUGAGGCUUCAGCUAUGAAUAGAGACUCUUGAAUACAAGAGAACCGUAUCCCAUCAGAUCCUGUAAUGGUGAUGAGAGGGCCAGAUUUGUCCAAUCGUCGUUCCACAAAGAGCAUAAUUCUCCAAUACCGAUGGAGCAACUCCUCGAAGCUCGGUGAUGUUACUUGGUUAUGAGCCCAGCAUUGUCACGCUUUCUUCGCUGCUCAAUGGUGCUCAAACACAAAUCAAUAUAGGCAAAAGAGAUGUAUUUGGCUUGGCUUGAUAAUAUAUUCCUUUUUUUUGGGGGACAAAGGAUGUAAGGGAAAUAUAUUCCUCUUUCUUCUCUUCUCUCCUAACAAUAUUCACUCGUUUGCUAACAGCUUCACGUUUUUUUUUCUUUGAGAAUCUCUUUCUCUGUGUAGGUGCAGCGAUGGGUGGUUGUUUCUCUGUCUCGUUGUCAUGUGAUCAAGUUGUUAAUCAAGUCUCUCAAUGGUUAUGUGUCAAAGAGAGUUACAUUAACAACCUCGAGGAGAAUCUCACAGCCUUAGAGACAACCAUGGAUGAUCUGAAAGCAACGCGGGAUGAUUUGUAUUGUCAAAAAGGCAUUACACAACUCAUAUUCCCAGUAGCAAUUUUAACAAUAAUGCUUUCUCAGCUUUGGGCAGCUUAUUACUCUGAUUGUGUUAAGACAAGGAAAUGGCAGAGGUCUCCAAUAUAUGUUCUUCAGCUCCGGUAGAUUAUCCAACUGCAAAAAUUCUAGUCUUUGAAAAGGAACAAUCCCUGAUUCUUCACAUACACAAGCUUUCUCUUUGUUUAUUAUGUCUUCUACUUCAUCUGCUUGACUGCUUUGUGAACAACAUGUUUUCUAAGAUUUGGAGCGAACAUCAACCACGUCAAUUCUUUACAGCAAUUACUAGACCAUAGAACAAUCGUAGCGAGGCUUAAGAAGCAUGCAUUUGUCGCUUCUAAUGCUUGUAAUAUCCAUCUUUAUCUCAGAAAUAGUACAUGAACGAAAAUAAAGUUCACGAACUUUCUCCAUACUAGCUAAAAACGAUACGUCUGAUGAUUGUAAUCGACAAUUGUUGAACUUCAUAGCUUGUGUACAACGCAUCAGCUUGUGAGAGCUUAAAAAUUGAUCCAAACCUGAAUCAUUACCGAUUCCUAUGGUUAGAAUUUCUAAAUGUUCCAAGACUAGCAACUCCUCCACUGUGUUGGGAUUGACUCUAACUCCUGAACCUUUUAAUUUAAAUACUUUCAAAUUUAGUAGUGAAGAAAU